AAAGCCAGCUGCAGCUCGCAUGCGCGCCUGAUAGGCUGUCAGAAGCGAUUUGGAGUAACAGGUGGAUCUAACUGCAAAUACUCACCAUCAUUGCGCUUGGAUAAACUUGAGCAUCGUGUAGGAUCUGCACCAUGGAUUCAGACACAAGCAGAGUCUCAAGCAGACCGUCAUCGCCAGAGGUGGACGACAUCUUCAUGGCCACCCUGAAGAAAUCCGUCCACGGCUUCUCUGGCGCCGUGUCCUCCACCCAGAGCGACUCUCCGUCAGAGAUCCCGGGUCUGCGCGGCCUCUCCGCGGCCGACGAAGAGGCGCUGGCGCUGCGCAUGGCCUCCAAGAAGGACCGCAAACUGCUGUCGGAAAACGAGCUCCAGGCCAUCCGCUUGAAGAUCAACAGCCGCGAGAGGAAACGGAUGCAUGACCUGAACGUGGCCAUGGACGGGCUGCGGGAGGUCAUGCCCUACGCGCACGGACCGUCGGUGCGUAAGCUCUCCAAAAUCGCCACCCUGCUGCUGGCGAGAAACUACAUCCUGAUGCUCAGCAAUUCCCUGGAGGAGAUGAAGCGUCUAGUGAGCGAAAUCUACGGCAGCACUGGGCACCACGGAGGCUUCCACCCGUCGGCUUGUGGGACUAUGACGCACGCCGGGGCCUUGCCGGGACACCCGGCGGCUUCCCACGCCUCCCACCCGGCAGUGCACCACCCGCUCCUCCCUCCUCCUGCCGUCUCCACCGCCUCCCUUUCUGCUCCCGGGAUUUCGGCCGUCACAUCGGUCAGACCCCACCAUGGACUCCUCAAAGCGCCCGCGGCAGGUGCAGCCCCCCUGGGCAGCAGCUUCCAGCACUGGGGCGUCGGCACCGGGAUGCCCUGUCCGUGCAGCAUGUGCCAAGUCCCGCCUCCGCAUGUGUCCAGCAUGAGCUCCGUAACCAUGCCGAGGCUGGCGAGCGACUCCAAAUGACUCUGAACUCAGCUGAACUUUUUACAGACUCACAUUUUUUUAUUUAUCCCAAUCGCUCAGACCGAUGCGUAAUAGAGAGCUCGUACCAACCUCCUCUGGAUUUGCAAAUUUUGCAACUAACUUAGUAUUUGACUGUAGUUAAUCUCAAAUGUGACGGAUAUUUAUGCACAGAGCUUCUAAAGCGCAACAAUAUCUUAGGGCCCAGAAUUAAUUUUCCUGAUCUCAAAUGAAAGCAACAAGUUGCAGUUUGUAACUGUAAAUAUGUAGAUGGAUUAUUGUCUUUAAAUAGUUUCAGAUGUUAUAUAUUAGAGUCUCGUUACUGUGGUUCCCCUGUCUGUUAAUUCCAUGUUGCAUCUGCUUCAUACAUUUUAUCCGUCUUUGUUCUUCUCUCCCCAGUGCCCGACUCAAGCAGUGACAACUUGUUUAUUUUUUUAAAUGUAAAAAAUAAAUAAAUAAAGGAAAAAUGA